AUGAGCAGCCAGGGUCAUAUAAGGACGAGUGAGGGAGACAACAGCGAGGGUCAUGUAAGGACGAGUGAGGGAGACAACAGCGAGGGUCAUGUAAGGACGAGUGAGGGAGACAACAGCGAGGGUCAUGUAAGGACGAGUGAGGGAGACAACAGCGAGGGUCAUGUAAGGACGAGUGAGGGAGACAACAGCGAGGGUCAUGUAAGGACGAGUGAGGGAGACAACAGCGAGGGUCAUGUAAGGACGAGUGAGGGAGACAACAGCGAGGGUCAUGUAAGGACGAGUGAGGGAGACAACAGCGAGGGUCAUGUAAGGACGAGUGAGGGAGACAACAGCGAGGGUCAUGUAAGGACGAGUGAGGGAGACAACAGCGAGGGUCAUGUAAGGACGAGUGAGGGAGACAACAGCGAGGGUCAUGUAAGGACGAGUGAGGGAGACAACAGCGAGGGUCAUGUAAGGACGAGUGAGGGAGACAACAGCGAGGGUCAUGUAAGGACGAGUGAGGGAGACAACAGCGAGGGUCAUGUAAGGACGAGUGAGGGAGACAACAGCGAGGGUCAUGUAAGGACGAGUGAGGGAGACAACAGCGAGGGUCAUGUAAGGACGAGUGAGGGAGACAACAGCGAGGGUCAUGUAAGGACGAGUGAGGGAGACAACAGCGAGGGUCAUGUAAGGACGAGUGAGGGAGACAACAGCGAGGGUCAUGUAAGGACGAGUGAGGGAGACAACAGCGAGGGUCAUGUAAGGACGAGUGAGGGAGACAACAGCGAGGGUCAUGUAAGGACGAGUGAGGGAGACAACAGCGAGGGUCAUGUAAGGACGAGUGAGGGAGACAACAGCGAGGGUCAUGUAAGGACGAGUGAGGGAGACAACAGCGAGGGUCAUGUAAGGACGAGUGAGGGAGACAACAGCGAGGGUCAUGUAAGGACGAGUGAGGGAGACAACAGCGAGGGUCAUGUAAGGACGAGUGAGGGAGACAACAGCGAGGGUCAUGUAAGGACGAGUGAGGGAGACAACAGCGAGGGUCAUGUAAGGACGAGUGAGGGAGACAACAGCGAGGGUCAUGUAAGGACGAGUGAGGGAGACAACAGCGAGGGUCAUGUAAGGACGAGUGAGGGAGACAACAGCGAGGGUCAUGUAAGGACGAGUGAGGGAGACAACAGCGAGGGUCAUGUAAGGACGAGUGAGGGAGACAACAGCGAGGGUCAUGUAAGGACGAGUGAGGGAGACAACAGCGAGGGUCAUGUAAGGACGAGUGAGGGAGACAACAGCGAGGGUCAUGUAAGGACGAGUGAGGGAGACAACAGCGAGGGUCAUGUAAGGACGAGUGAGGGAGACAACAGCGAGGGUCAUGUAAGGACGAGUGAGGGAGACAACAGCGAGGGUCAUGUAAGGACGAGUGAGGGAGACAACAGCGAGGGUCAUGUAAGGACGAGUGAGGGAGACAACAGCGAGGGUCAUGUAAGGACGAGUGAGGGAGACAACAGCGAGGGUCAUGUAAGGACGAGUGAGGGAGACAACAGCGAGGGUCAUGUAAGGACGAGUGAGGGAGACAACAGCGAGGGUCAUGUAAGGACGAGUGAGGGAGACAACAGCGAGGGUCAUGUAAGGACGAGUGAGGGAGACAACAGCGAGGGUCAUGUAAGGACGAGUGAGGGAGACAACAGCGAGGGUCAUGUAAGGACGAGUGAGGGAGACAACAGCGAGGGUCAUGUAAGGACGAGUGAGGGAGACAACAGCGAGGGUCAUGUAAGGUCGAGUGGGGGAGACAACAGCGAGGGUCAUGUAAGGACGAGUGAGGGAGACAACAGCGAGGGUCAUAUAAGGACGGAUAAACAACAGAUUUAA